ACUUAACUUUACGAUGUAUGCCAUCGCCAGAACCGGUUUCAGGAGGACUACCACAGCCCCGUCCCGCAUAUACUCACGAGUGUUGUCAUCAGUACCGCAGGAGGAACCUACUACCGGGGUGGUUGGUGACGGUGAUGAGUAUAGAAACAGAAAAUUACUGAUACUCAAGCACUCCCAUAGAAACUACUACCCGCCACUACGAGCAUUAUCACAAGAAUACGACCGCCGGCUUCGUGUCAGUCAGUUUAAGGAUGUGUAUGGUGCGGUGGACUUUACCCACUUCCCGUCCAAAAAGGCCCCUGAGUUGGUGAAUCUCCAGGGCAAGAUCCAGUCGAUUCGCCGCAAUGGAAAGUACAUGUAUUUCAUUGAUUUGUCCCAGGAUUUUGUCAAGGUACAAGUGAUGGCUAGCAACAAGAUGAUGGACGUGCCGAAGGACAACUUUGUAGAGAACCAUCACUUUCUUCGCAAAGGGGACUACAUCAACUGUAUCGGUCAUCCAUCAGUAUCGAACACUGGAGAGCUCCUGUUGAAAUUGACUCGUCCCAUCGACAUUUUGGCGCCUUGUUUAAACUCAAUGGUGGUGCCCCAGCACUUGAGUGACAGAAAAACCAUCAAUUCAAACCGGAUUUUGAACUAUUUGGUGAGUCCCACCGCUCGCGAAACCAUCUUGGUGAAGAACUUGGUGAUCAAGUUGAUCCGUCAGUUCUUAACGGCCAAGCAGUUCAUGGAGUUCCAAACGCCUUUGCUUAACGGCAAUUCCACCGGCGCCAAUGCCCGGCCAUUUGUCACCAGGUCCAAUCAUGUGGACACAGAGCUCCAAUUGCGAGUGGCUCCUGAGUUAUGGCUCAAGAAGUUGGUGAUUUCAGGGUUUGAGCGGAUCUUUGAGAUUGGAAGUAGCUUCCGAAACGAAGGUAUUGAUGCCACCCAUAACCUGGAGUUCACUACCUGUGAGUUUUAUCAGAGUUUUACCGAUUUAGACCAGUUGAUGGGCAUUACCCAGGAAUUAUUUACAUAUUUGCAUAGUAACUUGGAGGUGGAAGGGAAUGCUUUGGGGUUGAACAUCCUCCACCAGACGUUGCCUGAGCUCCAGGCCUUGAAAGAGCCGUUCACAAGGAUAGAGUUUAUUCCCACUCUUGAGGAAAAAACAGGUCUACAGCUACCCACUGAGUUGAACUCAUACAACCUUGUACAAUACCACCAGCAGUUGGACCUUGAGGUUCCAGAAGUGAGGUCUCCCGCGGUUCUUUUGGACAACUUGGCGGCGGUGUAUUUGGAACCAAUUUCACACCAUUCCACCAAGCCGGUGUUCAUAUAUAAUCACCCAGCUGAACUAUCACCACUCUCCAAGUCCACCCAUAUUGCGUAUGGCCUGCGGGAGUACGAUAUAUCGUUGCGAUUUGAGUUGUUUAUCAAUGGCAAAGAGUAUAUUAAUGCUUAUGAGGAGGAGAACUCACCGAUGGAUCAGUUAGAAAAGUUCAAGGCACAACAGUCCUCUAAGCUGGACUUCAACGACCAGGAAGCGUUGAUACCUGAUUGGAACUAUAUCAAGCUGUUGGAGUUUGGACUCCCACCAACUGGUGGUUGGGGAUGUGGAAUUGACCGGUUGUCGAUGUUGUUCACUAAUAGUGAACGCAUUGACCAGGUGCUUCCGUUUGGGAACGUGAAGGAUGUGUUGAAGAAUUGACCCAGGAAAGCCCUUGUAUAUAUGUAUAUAAAAGAAGCUAAUAUAGUACUUCUCA